ACGUGGACAGUGAAAUUGGUGAAGGGGCUUGUGAGAGAAGCCAAUUCAAACAGGCUAUAAAAGGCAGUGUUUUUCGUGUUUCUCUCCAGACUCGGGACUGAGCAUUUCAGAGUUGAAGAAGAAAGCUUCAUUCUCUCUCUCUCUCUCUCUCUCUAAUAUCUUCUUUUUCCAUGGCAAUUCCAGCUUUUAAAAUUAUGUCUCUGUUUCUGAGUGUGUUUGUGGGUUUUGCAUCGGUGGGUCUGGUUAGCUCAGCUAAGUUUGAUGAGCUUUUCCAGCCAACCUGGGCUUUCGAUCAUUUCACCCAUGAAGGAGAGCUUCUUCACAUGAAACUUGACAACUUUUCUGGAGCUGGGUUUCAAUCCAAGAACAAGUAUUUGUUUGGCAAAGUGAGCCUUCAGAUUAAGCUUGUAGAGGGUGACUCUGCUGGAACAGUUACUGCUUUCUAUAUGUCAUCGGACGGCCCAUCUCACAAUGAGUUUGACUUUGAGUUCCUGGGCAACACCACCGGCGAACCUUACUCAGUGCAGACCAACAUCUAUGUGAAUGGUGUCGGCAACAGGGAGCAAAGAUUGAACCUUUGGUUCGACCCCACCACGGAGUUUCACUCCUACUCAAUCUUCUGGAACCAGCGCCAAGUAGUGUUCCUAGUGGAUGAGACACCAAUUAGAGUCCACACCAACAUGGAAAACAAAGGGGUGCCCUUCCCCAAGGAUCAAGCCAUGGGGGUGUACAGUUCAAUAUGGAAUGCAGAUGACUGGGCCACACAAGGUGGUAGGGUCAAGACAGAUUGGUCCCAUGCACCCUUCAUUGCAAGCUACAAGGGCUUUGAAAUCAAUGCCUGUGAGUGCCCAGUUUCUCUUGCAGCAGCAGAUAGCGCAAAGAAGUGCAGCAGCAGUGGAGAUCAGAAGUAUUGGUGGGAUGAGCCUACAUUGUCAACUCUCAAUCUGCACCAGAACCACCAGCUCGUGUGGGUUAAGGCUCACCACAUGUUCUAUGACUACUGCACUGAUUCUGCUAGGUUUCCAGUGACACCUCUUGAGUGUGUUCAUCACCGCCACUAGGGUUCAUGGCCUUGGAAGAUUGAAGGAGGAGAAAAAAACAACACUUUGUAUAAAAAGAAAGGGCAGAAAAAGGAGGGGGGUGAAAAAGCUAUAAACAUGUGCUCCAUGUUUUUUUUUUUCUUUUGUUCGUUUCUUUUGUUCUCUUUGGUCUUCAGGUUGUAUGAUAGGCGUGGUAAUUUCAAUGUGAAAUAUGAAUUUUCUCUUUUCCUUAAA